GACUCAUCACAGACAACUUCUUGAUUGCUUUUGAAGUCCUACAUCACAUGAAAGUAAGAAAGAAGAGGAAAAGGGGGUGGCAGGCCAUCAAACUUGAUAUGAGUAAAGCUUUUGAUAGGGUAGAAUGGCCAUAUCUUGAGCAGAUUAUGAGAUCACUGGGUUUUGCUGAGCGUUGGAUACAAUUGAUUAUGGCUUGUGUUACAUCAGUUCAGUAUGAGGUGCUGUUGAAUGGCUCCGAGGCCGGGCGAGUAUCUCCAACUAGGGGGAUACGUCAAGGAGAUCCCCUCUCUCCAUAUCUCUUCAUCCUCUGUGCAGAGGGCCUUACUGCUAUGAUACACGAUGCUGAGAGAAGAAGGUUACUUCAUGAUAUUCUUGGCAUGGAAGAGAUCGAGCAUCAAGGCCAGUAUUUGGGCUUUCCAGCCUAUGUUGGUAGAUCACGUUCUGCAGCCUUCUUCAAUCUAAAAAGCAAAUUCUGGGCUCGUAUUAAUGAGUGGAGGGCACAACCACUAUCCAGAGCAGGUCGUGAGGUCUUAAUUAAAUCUGUUCUUCAAGCUCUUCCUACUUAUGUGAUGGGUUUGUUUAAGCUCCCCAAGACGCUUUGUACAGACCUUGAACGGAUUAUGAACAGCUAUUGGUGGGGAGGGGGUGAGGAGGAGCAUAAGAUCCACUGGCUGGAAUGGAGGAGACUAGCUAUUUCGAAAAAGCAUGGUGGGCUGGGUUUUAGGGCACUCCAUGAAUUCAAUAUGGCCAUGUUGGGGAAACAAGGUUGGAGAUUGAUGACAAAUCCUGAUUCGUUAGCUGCCCAACUAUUGAAGGCAAAAUACUUCCCUCGCACCAACUUCCUGCAUGCUGUUUUGAAACCCGGUUGUAGCCUAACAUGGAGAAGAAAUUCUGAGUUUUGUCUCCAAUCAGCACGUCCGCCCAACUGUGAGCUUAGAUAUGUCAGUGACUUAAUUGAUGACAGUUCUCAUGCGUGGAAUCGAGACUUAAUCCAGAAUACUUUCUCUUCUUAUGAAGCUCAUCUAAUCUUAUCUCUUCCAAUUAGCUGGGAGCAAUGUGAGGAUAGGUGGACGUGGAGUCUCACACGGCAUGGUACCUACUCUGUACGUUCUGGAUACCAUUGUGCGAUGAAUAUGCAGAGGGACAUGGGUGUUCCAAGUAGCUCCAAUGCAUCCUUUGGUGGCAAUAAAGUCUGGAACCUAAGUAUUCCGGGUAAGAUAAAAUUUUUCAUUUGGAGUGCCUAUCGUAAUGUACUUCCUACCAGGGAUAAUCUGCAGAAGAAGCAUAUACUAGUGGAGUUGGAAUGCCCUGUGUGUGGCUCUGAUAUGGAAUUUGUGGUACACUGUCUUUUGUUUUGCUCCGUCGCUCGAGCGGUGUGGCAUGGAAACCCCCUCAGUCUUCGAGUUUCAGAGUUCCCCUCUAGCUCUUUUGCAGAUUUCUUUGAUGCUAUGUGUACUGAAUUGGGGAAGGAGCAGUUGGAGCUUCUAUUGCAUGGCGAGACGAAGUGGAAGCCUCCUGACGAGCAGACCAUCAAGAUCAAUGUCGAUGGCGCAGUAGCAGAACAACGUAGGGUGUUUGGUAUGGGUGCAGUGGCUCGGGAUCAUUGCGGAGAAGUUCUGGCAACCAUGGCCUAUCAGGGGCGGGACGUUGCAGCUGCAGAAAUCGUAGAAGCAUACCUGGGAAAUGUCUUAUCAGAUUGUAAGCUGUUGAUGUCCUCUUUCCUGCACUGCCGAGUCAAACACGUGCGUCGGACUGGUAAUGCUGUGGCUCAUGAGUUAGCUAAGAGAGCACUACGGGCUGAGGGAGAUGAGUUUUUCAGAAAUGAGAUGCUAGAUUACCUUGCGCCUUUUGUAUCUAGCGAUAAGCUGUCAAUGUGAUUUUUCUGUAAUACUCCCUGGUAUUAUAUUUUUUCAAUAAAACAGGUGUCUAUUC